AUGGUUUCAGGAUUGGUACAACAAGCAUCUCCACAAGCUGCACCAUGCCUAGAGUUAGAGAAAAGGUUCUACUCAAUCAUCACCUUUCAGAUCACUUUCUACACAGUACUAGCAAAUUCCUGUAAGUUCUUCCUACCUGUACAAGCUUUCAGGACCCUCAGGCUUGGACAAGAGGGAACUGGCAGGACGGCAGCCAGUGAUGUGGCUGUAGGAAUCAUCUUCCUGUCACAGAUUGUGGUUGGAGUUCUGGGCAAUUCAUUUCUCCUCCUCCGUUACCUGGUACUUUACUUCACUGGGCACAGGGUAAAGCCCACAGACUUGAUUCUUAAGCACUUGAUUGUGGCCAACUUGCUAACCCUCCUGUGUAGAGGAGUUCCCCAGACUAUAGAAGCUUUCAGUUUGGAAUUUUCCCUUGGUGAUAUUGAAUGCAAGCUGCUUUCCUAUGUUCACAGGGUGGGCAGGUGCAUGUCCAUUGGCAGCACCUCUCUCCUAAGUAUCUUCCAGGCCAUCACCAUUGGCCCCAGGGACUCCAGCUGCUCAGAGCUUAAAGUGAAAGCUCUCAGGAACAUUGGCACCACCCUCCACCUGAGCUGCAUACUAUACAUGCUUAUAACUAUAAUUAUUCUUAUGUACAUGACUGGAAAAUGGAAAAACACAACCAUGACAACCCUAAAAGAUUUUGGAUACUGUUCUAGUUUUCAUCAUGACACAACCACAGUCACACUGUUUGCAGCAUUGCUCUUAUUCCCUGAUGCUGUGUGUGUGGGCCUCAUGCUCUGGGCCAGCAGCUCCAUGGUGCUCACCCUGCACAGGCACAAGCAGAGAAUGCAGCACAUUCAGAAGACCAUCUCUCCCAGGUUCUCCCCAGAGUCCAGAGCCACCAAAACCAUCCUCCUCCUGGUGAGCACCUUUGUCUCUUUUUACACACUUUCCUGCAUCUCUCAGGUUUGUUUGACUGUUAUUUAUAAUCCCAACUGGUUCCUGCUGAACAGGGCUGCAAUAGUCUCUGGGUGUUUCCCUGCUGUCAGCCCCUUACUGCUCAUGAGCAGAGACUCCAGGGCAUCCAGGUUCUGUUUUUCAUGGAUAGAGAACAGGAAAUCCCCUGUUCUGAUGAUGAACAUGUGA